AUGAGUACUCGUCGGGCGUCAUUUAUCGACUCGGUGGACAACGGCAUGACUCCGCUUAGUGGUUCUGAGCAGUUGGAUACUGCGCAUUCCCGACUGUGUACCGCCCGGAAUCCUGUCUCUAAUCUUUCGACUUCGCAUUCGCGGUCGCUAUCCUCGUCGAACAAGACCGUCACUCCUAUCCCUCCGAACCUAUUACCCUCCGCACCCGCGUCACCUCCAACUCCGGCCCCUAGCCCGACCCCUCACCAGCGACCGCAGGCAUGGCAAUAUUUCGAUGAGGAUGAGGAUUCCUUCCUGCUAAAUGCCAGAAUACAUUUCAGCUCCCUGACCGGCGCUAAGAAGCAAAGAUUUUUGGAGGGUGUUCUCGGUCUCUGUGAUAGUCAGCUUCUCAGUUUCGUCUCCAGUUAUGUUGGGCCGCGCUUAAGGAAGGAUCCAUUCCAGGCCUUCCCGACAGAAUUAUGUCUGAGGGUUCUUUCGUUCAUCGACGAUCCCAAGACCUUAGCCAGAGCUUCUCAAGUAUCGAGUCGUUGGCGCGAACUCCUGAGUGAUGAUAUAACGUGGAAGAACCUCUGUGAGAAGCAUGCAUACGCUUCCCGACGGCUCUCGGACGAUCGGGAUUUCAUCGAUCCUUUUCAUACUCUACCGCCAAGCUCGAGCACGCGUUCUCUGAAUGGACUACCGAGAAAGAUGUCGGGUCUCGGAUCCUCGGAUGGGACUUUUGAGUUACCGCGCUCUGCGUCUGGAGACUGGCUCUCCUUGGCCGCGCGGAAGCGGCGCGCUCGACCUCUGUCCUACAGAUCUCAUUUUAAGCAAAAGUAUAUGGUAGAGUCGGCCUGGAAUAAAGGUGGCCACUGUACCCAGCGGCACAUCACGCCAGACCAAGGUGUUGUGACGAGCCUACAUCUUACUUCCAAGUAUAUUGUGCUGGCGCUGGACAACGCCAAGAUCCAUGUCUACGAUACCAACGGAAAUAAUCAAAAAACACUACAAGGCCAUGUCAUGGGCGUUUGGGCCAUGGUUCCGUGGGACGAUAUUCUGGUAAGCGGUGGUUGCGAUCGAGAAGUCAGAGUCUGGAACAUGGCUACCGGUGCCGGCAUAUAUCUUUUACGGGGUCACACGUCGACCGUGCGAUGCCUGAAGAUGUCAGACAAGAACACGGCCAUCUCAGGAUCUAGAGAUACCACACUACGGAUAUGGGAUCUGACUACAGGAAACUGUAGAAACGUCCUGGUCGGGCACCAGGCAAGCGUGCGUUGUCUGGCGAUUCAUGGAGAUAUAGUCGUCUCAGGAAGCUACGACACAACUGCUCGCAUCUGGAGCAUAUCGGAAGGGCGGUGUCAGCGAACGCUGUCCGGUCAUUUCAGCCAAAUUUAUGCCAUCGCCUUCGACGGCAGACGCAUCGCCACGGGCAGUCUUGAUACCAGUGUUCGGAUCUGGGAUCCGCAGAGCGGCCAGUGCCAUGCCAUCCUCCAAGGGCACACAUCCCUUGUUGGGCAGUUGCAGAUGCGCGGUGAUACAUUGGUCACUGGUGGAUCCGACGGCUCUGUCCGUGUUUGGUCCUUGACCAAGAUGGCCCCUAUCCAUCGUCUCGCUGCGCACGAUAAUAGCGUGACCAGCCUCCAGUUUGACAGUUCCCGAAUUGUCAGUGGCGGAAGUGAUGGCCGAGUCAAGGUGUGGAGUUUACAGACCGGACAGCUCCUUCGGGAAUUGUCCACACCCGCAGAGUCCGUUUGGAGGGUUGCCUUUGAAGACGAAAAGGCCGUUAUUCUGGCUAACCGAUCGGGCCGGACUGUCAUGGAGGUUUGGACGUUUUCCCCUCCAGAAGAAGAUGGUGAUGAAGAUGCCAUUAUCGAGAGUACCUCGAGCACCCCAGGUUUACGUCUUAGGAAAGAAAUCAGUCAUGAUGACCUUGCUCUGAACUCAUCUCGAUCUGCUCGACAUCGGACAAUGUUCUCCGAUCCUCCUCCAACAAUACCUCUAGAAGACGACGAUGAUGACGACGAUGACGACCAGGCAAUGCCGGACGCCCCAAUUUCAUGA